AUUUUCAGCACGACUGAAAAGUAGUAAGCAGAUCGGGCAAAAUCAUUUAAUGAUGAUGGCUGGUUAGCCAACUAUUGCACACCGGCCGUUCGAUGUACCUGCCCACGAUUCGAGAAGUUCGCACCAGAGUGAAGGAGAUCUAUUUCGAACAUCAACCUUCACGCCAACAAAUAACAUUAUCAAAACCAAUGAAACAAAAUGGCGUUAAAUCCGCGCGUGGUCAAAUUUGAGCACUUCAUUAAUGAUGUGCUCAGAGAACAUCUGAAGAGACUUGAAAAAGAACGAAAUCGAUUAUGCGAGCAAGCUGGCGAGUACCUUCAGUUGAAAGUUGCCAUCGAGCGGUUACAAAAAGACUGCAAAGAAGAUAAGUCGAUUCGAACGCAGGUGGAUAUUGGCUGUAGCUUUUUCUGCCAAGCGGAAGUUCCUGACGCCACGAAAGUGUUUGUCCUCCUUGGAAUGGGUAUCUUCGCCGAGCUGACGCAUUCCGAAGCACUCGAUUUUAUUGACAAAAAGCAGAAUCUCCUCAAAGAACGAAUUGACAUCAUGACCGUCGGUGUUAUCAUUUACGUCGUUUCGCUACUGAAGAACAAUGGCGAACGAUGUGCUGAAGUGAAAGCUCGCAUACAAAUGGCUCUACUUGCAUUACGAGAUCUUCAGGGUCUUGCUGGCGAACUUCCGCCUCAACCCAGGGAUAUUUGGGCAUAGAGUGUGUAUAAUGGUGACUGUGCUGCCCUGUAUAUAAAAAUAACAAAUACAUUUUCUGUAUGUUAUUAAAUUGAAUUAUAAGUACAAUAAAUAUCAGACGUUUUACGAAUGCUCCUCCAUUUCGCUAAAUAAACCUGAACUAUCCUUCGUUUGUGCCCGCGUA